CAGGAAAAACAAUUGGGGAAGUGAAAACUGUUGCAGAUAUGCAUGAAAGGAAGUCAGAAAUGGCCAAACGUGCUGAUGCUUUCAUUGCUCUUCCAGGUGGUUAUGGUACAAUGGAGGAGCUUCUGGAGAUGAUAACAUGGUCUCAGCUUGGGAUUCAUGAUAAGCCUGUUGGGUUGCUAAAUGUGGAUGGAUAUUACGAUAAUUUGUUGGCAUUGUUCGACAAGGGAGUGGAGGAAGGGUUCAUAAACGCUCCCGCAAGGCACAUUGUUGUUUCUGCACAGACCGCAGCAGACCUACUCAUUAAAAUGGAGGAAUAUACACCACUCCAUGACAGAGUUGCACCCAGACAAAGCUGGGAAGUUGACCGAUUAUCACUUCCACACAACCUCAAACCCUCUUCCCACUUGACCACCCAUUUCUGAUUUCAAGUCAGAAUGAAUACAUACAACAACUAAUCUCUCUCCUCUCUUCCCCUUCUAUGUUUCUCUCUCCCCCUUUUGUCCCCUCUCUCUCUCUCUCUCUCUCUUCCUCCCCUAUGUUUCUCUCUCUCUCUUUUCUCACUCCUCUGACAUAAGCCUACAGAACCAGUUGUUUGAUAGGCAUGUUCUUUGUAUCAAACAUUUAUACGUCUAUGUUUCUCUCUCUCUUCCCCCUCUAUGUUUCUCUCUCCCCCUUUGUCCCUCUCUCUCUCUCUUCCUCCCCUAUGUUUCUCUCUCUCAUUUCUCACUCCUCAGACAUAAGCCUACAGAACCAGUUGUUUGAUGGGCAUGUUCUUUGUAUCAAACAUUUAUGCUCUCUCUCUCUUUCUCUCUCUAGAUAGAGAGGGAGAGAGAGGUCCUCAGUCUGAGGUACGCCUGCCAAGCAGUUGUUUGCUGGCAAUUGUAUUAUACAUUUAUGCAUGUACAAUUUGGACUUUUGAGAGAGAGGCGAAAGGUUGGGAA